GCUCCGGGGCUUCCGCGGGGCCUCGGCAGGGGCUGCGCGCGGCCCGCCCGCGGCGGGAACGGCCCGGCAGAAGGAUGGGUUUAAGUUUCAUCCCAAAAAAGCUCGAAAUGCCCGGUAGGGAGUAGGARCGAGGACUUGAAUUGCAAGGAAAUGAGAUCCCCAGCACUCAGUAAGGUAAAGGACUACAGCACCAAAAACGAAACACCAACUUUUUGGAGCUCACAUACUAAAGUGGUGACAAACCAGAAGAACAAUUGCAGGAGAUGUAGUUGCCUCMGUUUCAGCUGUUGACUGGAACAGAUGCUCUUCAUGUUUCUGAACUAUGCCAAGAAAAAGAAAGCUGUUGGCUCAAUUAAGUGCUCUUCAAAGCAACUCCAGCUUCCCUCAGAUUGAUGCCUUGGAGAACCUGAACRCUACGCCUGGAGCAGAUCUUUCUCCAAAAAGCAGCAAAUAUUUUAUGAUAGAAAAAAAAAAUUCUUCWCAGCUGCAAGCAGAUUUUUUCAACCAGCCCUGUGUUAGUCUGGCCAAGUCCUUUCUGGGGCAGAUUUUAGUUCGCAAACUUCCUGAUGGCAGAGAGCUCUGGGGCAGGAUUGUUGAAACAGAAGCUUAUCUGGGUGGGGAAGAUGAAGCUUCCCACUCGAAAGGUGGGAAGCAAACACAACGAAAUGCAGCAAUGUUCAUGAAACCAGGAACUCUGUACGUGUAUCAGAUCUAYGGGAUUUAUUUCUGCAUGAAUGUUUCCAGCCAAGGGGAAGGGGCUGCAGUGCUGCUGCGUUCCUUGGAGCCCCUGCAGGGCUUGGAUGCCAUGAGGGAGCUGCGCAGGGCCUCCAGGAAAGCACCCACCAAGCUGCUCAAGGACUGGCAGCUCUGCAACGGGCCCUCCAAGCUCUGCCAGGCRUUUGGCAUUGACAAGGCUUUUGACCAAAGGGACCUGACUCAGGAUUCUGCCAUCUGGAUGGUGCCUGGACAGGACCUGCCCGGGGAGCACGAAGUGGUGGCCACCACCAGGAUUGGCAUUGGCAACAGAGGAGAGUGGGCAGAGAAACCACUCAGGUUUUAUUUACGAGGAAACAAAUUUGUGAGUGUCGUAGACAAGAAAAUGGAGCGAGAGAUGGCAGCAAGGGGRCACUCCCCUUGCAGCUGACAAGUCUUGCAAGUGUCCCACGGAACAGGACUUGAGCUGCGCUCUGUACAAUGGCCUCAAGCUGCAUCAUGGCAGAUAGAGGGGCCUGGGGGGGKUUUUAAUAAUAAAUGUACUUUGUCACAAUGAAUGGGGCCUGG